UCGACGCUGUAUUGCUUUCGGUCCGAUCUGCUCGACUUGAAAUGACUUACCUAAUAUCAUAUUCAGCAGUCCAGGCUAUAGUCUAGUUCCUGGGCAAUACCCCAAAUGACUGAUAAGAACUAGAUCGUGGGGUGGAUCUGUGGAGAUCUUGAGACCAUCUGGGGAGUGCCGUGUCUUUGUCGUCAUUAGACGCGGUAUGGCCAUACGGCCUAAGUAGGUAGACAAAGCAAACAUGGUUCAACUCCCCGCUCCAAAAUCGUAUAUAAUGCCUCAUCUUAACCGUCAUGUAAGUGUAUCCUCUCGAGCAUAUUCGAGAUCUACACUCAAAUAUGGCGGGGAUUUGGAAACUUGCCAGCGUGGCACUCUUCGCAGUGAGCAUCACGGCCCAGAACAGUACAUAUGUUAACCCGGCUGUACCAACCGGGACACCGGUUGCGGGGGUCUACACGGGGUCUCUGAGACCUCAGAUACACUUCUCGCCGCCCAAGGGCUUUAUGAACGACCCCAACGGCAUGUUCGUGGACGCCAAUGGCACAUGGCACCUCUACUACCAGCUUAAUCCGACAGGCAUAGUAGCAGGGAACCAACACUGGGGACACGCGACAAGCAAUGACUUGUACCACUGGAUAAAUCAGCCCAUUGCCCUGUUCCCGCCCGAGGAAACCGUCUACGUGUUCUCCGGCAGUGCUGUCGUUGAUUCGAAUAACACUUCCGGCUUCUUCCCUGAUCAGGACAAUGGUGUGGUUGCGAUAUUUACCCUGGCGCGGUACUACGACGAUGGGUCCGCGGGACCCCAGACGCAAAACAUCGCAUACUCGCGCGAUGGUGGAUAUAGUUUCGAGUACUACGAUGAAAACCCCGUGAUAGACAGCACCAGCUCGCAAUUCCGCGAUCCGAAAGUCUCGUGGUACGAGGACCAUUGGGUCGCUGUCAUCGCUUACUCGCAAGAGUUCAACAUCGGAAUUUUCACGAGUCCGGAUCUAAAGGACUGGACGUUCGCGUCCAACUUCACGCCUCACGGGUUACUGGGGACGCAAUACGAGUGCCCCAACUUCGUGAAAAUGCCAGUGCGCGAUGCCGAUGGGGCUGUCAUCGAUGAAAAGUACGUCAUGGCUAUCAGUAUUCAGCCCGGAGCGCCUUUGGGCGGUUCGAUAACAGAGUAUUUCGUUGGUGACUUCAACGGAACGCACUUCACGACCUCGGACGCUGUCACUCGGCUUACGGACUUCGGCAAGGACAACUACGCUGCCCAAUACUUCUACGGGAUCCCCGACGGCCAGAACCAGAUUAAUAUGGGCUGGGCAUCGAAUUGGCAGUAUGCGCAGAAAGUGCCUACGGGAAAUCUGGAGGGAUGGCGAAGCAUCAUGACUACUCCUCGCGUCAAUUAUUUGACCGAGGCGCCGCGGAUCGGAUUGGUUAUGAUUGAUGAGCUGUACGAUUUAACCCCUAUCCUAGACGAUCAGCUGAACGCGUCGAUUUUCAAUGGCAGUGGGACGCUAGCUCUGGAUUACUCGUCCGUUGAGUCAGGAGCAUUAUAUCUGGAAGUCAACGUUACGAACAUUAAUACCACACUACUGACGGAAUAUUCCACAUUGAACGUCUCAUUCGCGUCUCCGGCGUCGGGCGAGAUACUGCAGUCUGGGUUCUAUUUCAGCGGCGACACUCCGUUCUUCGUCAAUCGAGGAGGCAUCAAAGGAUUCGAUAAUGUCUUCUUCACGGAUAAAUUCAGCACUUCUGAUGUGUACAGCACCGGAUCGGGCGACGGCCUUGCAUCAUGGAGCAUGAAGGCGGUGAUCGAUCGAAGUAUCUUCGAGGUCUUCGUUGAUGGCGGAAUUCAUGCUGGGACUGUACUGUUCUACCCACAACAACCUCUGACGGCACUUAAUCUAGCAGCGCGCUUGCAUCCAGGGGCUCGUAUUUCUGUCAAUGUACGGUCUUUGAAGAGUACUUGGGCCGAAUUUGAGAAUGAGAACGGGACGGUGUUGGGUAAUGUGACUGACUCUCGGAGCUAAUUGUGGAAAAUCACCACGAAAGCUUACUCUUUAGCGUGAAGCGCAUAUCAAGCU